UGGCAGCUUCAUUUCCAUAGAUUCCAUAGCACAUCCAUGGUGCUGCGCAGGCCUAGUAAACCAGGGGAAGGAAGCGUCGGGGGAUUGACUGCCGUGCCUAUGGCAGAGUCAUGGCGCGGCCUGCGAAAGCGCUUGCAGAAGCCAGUGGCCAAAGGCCAGUGGCCUGGACUUGCUGCAUGCGUUUUUGUUUCAAAGAGCUUGCGCUUGGUGGAAGAAAUUGGCUACGCUGACCUUGAAGCCAAAAGUCCAAUGACACGAAAGACAUUGAUGAGGAUCUACUCGAUGACAAAGUGCAUCGUUGCGGCUGCCGUGAUGCAGCUCCUCGAGGCAGGACAUCUUGACUUGGACGAUGAAUUGGCAAAGCACUUGCCAAACUUUCAGAAUCCGAAGGUUGUGACAGAAGGAGAUGAUGGGAUGCCGAACUUUUCAAGGCUGACACCUAGCCGCCGUCCCAUUCUGAUCCGGCAUUUGCUGACGCACACCUCUGGCAUUUCUUGUGGCCUAGCUCCAACCCUGGACGGACCGCGACAAAGGACAGCUCGUGAACGCGCAUGGGCUGGCAUUUACAUGCCACUGGUCAAUCGUGUUGAUCGUGGGGAAGUCAAAGACCUCGCCCAAUGGGUGCUGCAGCCUGCUCUUUCAGUCAACGAAUUGGCGCAGCUGCCUUUGAUAAGUCAUCCAGGAACUCACUACAGCUAUGGCUAUAGCUACGACAUUCUUGGACACCUCAUCGAGGUGAAAUCAGGAAAAAAACUGGAAAGCUACCUGCACGAUCACAUCUUGAAGCCACUGGGUAUGUGUGAUACAAGCUUUCAAGUUCCCUGCUCCAAGAGACUCAGCGUGUUGUAUAGGUACACGAAGUCGCGUUUGUGGGGUAGCGAUGGUCGACGCUUCCGAUUAGUCCGAGUUGAUCCUAAAAAAGGUGCCCAGAGUCGAUGGGCCAAGUGCCUAGUGCCUUCAGCCGGCGGAGGCCUCUCGAGUCUGGAAGGUGGCUUGCUCAGCACCAUGGACGACUACGCCAAGUUCCUGUUGGCAGUGACAUCUGGGGGUCAGCACGGUGGAGUGCGCAUUCUCAGCGAGAAGAGCGCAGAAAUGAUGAUGAGCGAUCUCAGUAGCUUGCUGGGCAGCCGUGUGCCCAGCAGUGCUCGACCAUAUGAUGAUGCCGGGCUCGGUCUCAGUGGCAUUGGCGAAUUGCAACGUCGAGGAGCUCCGAGUUGGGGUGGCUGGUUCGAUGGUGUGCCUGGUGUGCGGCAGUGGGGGGGCGCUGCUAGCUGUGCGUUUAAGUUUGACCCAAACAAGGGGCAGCCAAUCUUGGUGAUGGUCAUGACCCAGGCUUUGCCUCAAGAUGAUGGCACCACCAUUACCACUCUUUUGAAGGAUGUGCGGGAGGUCAUUCAUGCCGAAAAGUGAAGGCAGACCAACUUGCUGCGCGUGAAUGGCACCACGCUCAUCUUGGGCUGGGGCAUCAUUCCUUCAUCCUGGAAUUGAGAGAUGAUGAGAAUGAUUUCAAGAAGUGAGCGCAAGUCAAUUGGAAAUGCGGACAAAA